GAUAUCUUUCAACACAGCUUUAUGCUUUAUGUAAUUACCAUCUACUGCAAAGCGGUCGAAAAAAUAUGUUGUUUAGUAUAUAUUUCUAUUGAAAAUUCACGUAUUUUAAUAGUCAAAAUGAAUUGUAUGACUCACAUACAGCGAGUACGAACAUUAUACAAAACAAUAUUAAGGUUACACAGAGGAUUACCAGAAGGACUGCAAGUAUUAGGGAAUCAAUACGUUCGUGACGAGUUUCGCAGGCAUAAAACCUGUGCCACACAUGAAGCAUCUCUAUUCAUGAACGAGUGGACGGACUACGCCAUAUCCUUAGCCAAUCAGUUGGGUGUAAAAGGGAAACCUAAUCCUAUUGAUUGUGUGGGGCACGAUUUGGAUGUUCACAAAUUAGGAGAUUUUCGUGAUGAGCAAGUUGCGCAGCUAUAUGAACUAUUGAAAGCAUCCAAAGGAAUAAACGAAGAACAUCAAUAAUAAUAUACUGGAAGUGUG